AUGGCUUUUCAACAAGAGAAGCUUCACCUUAUGAUUUGUAUCAUAUCGAGUCUUCUUUACGUUGCAUCUGCCGGCUACCAAAUCACGAUAUUCGGUAUCUUUGACCAGGAUGUGACAACGGACGAUCCGAAGAGUGUCGGCUUCCGUCGAGGCAUGAUCAAGUACAACGUCCAAAGCAACAGCACCGGAAGUCCUUUCCAACUGAUGGGCUUUGAGGUUCGCGUGCAGGUGAACAACAGCUUCAUCUUGACCAACCUAAUCUGCGGAGCACUGAGUCAGAACCGCAUGCUGAUAGCUGGUGAUGCUGACGUGACCACCAUCUACAACGCCGCGUCCGCCAGCCGAGAGGUGAAGAUACCAUACUUCAUCACCAGUUUCGCCCCUCGGGACGUGUACCCGGACUUCACGGCCGAGUAUCUCCUGGCCAUGCAGCCGCAAGUACUGCAGCCAUUGGUGGACUACAUCGAAUAUUUCCACUGGACCAGCUUGGCAUAUGUUUACGAAGGACAGACAGGGUUUCUUCGAUUGCAUAACUUCUUGGAGCUGAUUCGUCCCUUGGGAAUCGAGGUGUCACAUCGACGGAUUAACGUCGAUACGGUGAACGAGACCCUGGUCGAGCUAAAGGACACCGGGAAACAUAGGAUCAUCUGUGAUACUGGACUAGCAUUGACGAAUACUGUUCUUCGAACUUCCCUGGAUUUGGAGAUGGUUACUGCUUCCUUUCACAUGGUUUAUUUAAAUUUGGACUUUGACACCAUCGACACCAGUAACAUGUCCUUUGGAGGAAUGAACCUAACCGGCUUUUCUCUGAUCACGAACAAGAGCAGUGAAGCGUAUCAAGAUCUAUUCGGUGAUUGGUCAGAUAAGUUCAGAGACUCUCAUCCCACACUUGCGAACUCCAAUGUAGGGUACGAGGCCAUCCUCGCUCACGACCUCUGCAGAGUAGCCGUAUCCGCGGCGCGUUCCAUCCACGAGAGCGGCAGGGAGUUACCGCUACCGAGGGUCAAUACCUACCACAGGUGUUUUAAACAAGUCAAGGAAGGCACCGAGACUGUUGCUUCAACGGUUGGACCGGAGCUCUUGGACGCCAUCAAAAGGACGGCAACGAAUCAAUUAAGUGGACGAGUUCAAUUCGAUGGAAACGGAUCACGAACCAACUAUUCCCUUCAAAUAGUCGGACUUCACAAUGGAGUUGUGGAGCAGGUUGGCACAUGGAGUCAGAACAACGACCCUCCAAUCUACUUCUUCGAUAGCGAGACACACGGCCGAAAGGGAAGCCACGACUACGACAACAGAACGUUCAUUAUUUCAUCAGUAUUGGAUGACCCCUUUCUGAUGAAUGUAACCCUCCCGGAUGGAACGUUUCGCUUUGAAGGAUUUUGUGUGGAUCUACUCAAGAAAAUCGUCGAAAUCUACCCGUUCAAGUACCGCAUACAGCUGGUCAAAGAUGGCAACUAUGGAACGCUUCAGAGGAAUGGAAAAUGGGAUGGGAUGAUCGGGGAAGUCAUGUAUGGGACUGCUGAUAUAUCGGUUGCUCCUCUCACAAUUAAUACCGACCGGGAGCGCGUGGUCGCCUUCACCAAACCCUAUAUGAGCUUCGGCAUUAGUAUCAUGGUCAAGAAAAGCAAGGCUCCUCGUCCAUCUGGCUUCUCCUUCUUCCAACCCUUCACCAAUGAGAUAUGGAUUUGUCUCGCCCUCGCAACGUGUGGUGUUAGCAUAAUCAUGUUUCAGAUAUGUCGCUUCAGUACCGCGGAAUGGCGAAUCGAAACGGAUAACUCAUCGUCUGAUGACGUAUCCAAUGGCAACAGAGCCACAGGGGCAGGCAAGGGUGUGAAAUGGACCAACGAUUUCUACGUCAUGAACAGUUUCUGGUUUGCCUUGGGCGCCCUCAUGCAGCAAGGGAGUGACAUUUUACCACGGUCCAUCUCUGGUCGCAUCAUGGGUGGGGUGUGGUGGUUCUUCACCCUCAUCAUCAUCUCCUCUUACACGGCCAACCUUGCAGCGUUCCUCACCACCCAGAGCAUGCAGUCUCCCAUCAAGUCUGCAGAAGACCUGGCAGCGCAGACCAAGAUUCAGUACGGUGUCCACAAGGGUGGUUCCACAGUCGAGUUCUUUAGGAAAUCCAGCAGUCCGCUCUACCGCAAGAUGUGGUCUUUCAUGGCGAACACCGAGCCGUCUCCCCUGGCGGAGAGUACCGAAGAUGGGGUGAGACGUGUCCGGGAGAGCGACGGCAAGUACGCCUACCUGCUCGAGUCCAAGAUGAACGAGUACCGAGAGACCCAGAAACCAUGUGACACCAUGGCCGUAGGGGAUCCCAUCGGCACGAGUAGCUAUGGCAUAGCAGUGUCCAAACACCUUGUUGAAUUGCAGAAGGAACUGACAGUGGCCAUCUUGGAGUUGAGAGAAAGAGACACCCUGCGACGGCUGGAAGAGAAAUACUGGGUGAAUAGAUCGCAGUGCGUCAAAGACACCACAGACGCAACUGAGACACGAGCUUUGAACCUGGACAAACUUGCUGGUGUGUUCUACAUCCUCCUGGCAGGCACGGCUGUAGCUCUACUCGUGUCCAUCGUCGAUCUCGUCUACCGGUCAAAAGAGCAGGUCCGCAAUGAACUUAGCUCGUGUGGGUUCCGAAGGAUGUGGCUCAACCUCCGUGCAAGAAUUGCACAUGAGAGAUUGGUAGCGUCCCUCCGUCGACGUAGCAUGCCUGCUCCCACGAAAUCGCCCUCUGACGGCAUAUCCGAGACAGGCACUGAUGAGUUGUCUACACCCGCCACUGCGCAGAAGUCAAUCGUCCCCUCAAUCGCCUCCGAGGAAGGAAAUAUGAAUAGCGCCCUCAGUAAGAAGAAGUCAGGCAGUGCAGGGAGUGCAGUAACUCAUACCGAUGUUUGACAAUCCAAUAACAAAGAAACGACCAAGAAAUAGAAGGAGAACAUGGCUGAAGUUAUCUCUGACAUGCAGAACAACAAAUGGCCAUGCAUGUGUAUUAUACCUUAAUGAUUCUCUUAGUUCUCAUUAUCACAUUUCUGUCAAUAACUGCCUAAGCAAAAACUAUAUAUCAAUGAAAUUAAUUUUGUCAAU